AUGGUAAACUACUCUACGCCAGGACCCAGUGCCCCAGGUCCUCGAGGGGCUAAGCGAAAGCUCACCUCGUCGCCUCGAGAGGCGCUCAACAUCAACACGUGGCCGCAGAUCCUCGAUGACGCUCGUGACGAACUGGUGAACAAGUACAAAUGCAUUCCCGAAAAGUCUGUGGCAGAGUUUCUCUCUGACCAUGUUCCCCACGUCCCCACGACAGUUCUCGAAGACGUUAUGACCCAGUUGAAGAAGAGCAUCAAGCUGCCUAAGGAGAGAAACACGAGAGCUGGCGAUGUUCGAAAUUGUACCCCGCUCCUCCCGGAUGGAACCGUUUACGGUUAUAAGACAUCACCAGCGACACCAGCGAAACAGGGCGUGCAGGAAGCUCGAGCGUUCCGUAACCUUUUCGAUCUCAUCACUGCUAUUCUUGAACUCGCAGCUCAAAUCAAUGGGCGCGCUUGGGUUGCCCAUAGUUCCAAGCAAGAGCACCUUCCCGACGAGAGGCCAAACUCUUCACACCCUGACUCAUAUUUCUACCUGAUUCCGAAGCUCCUGGAAGAGGUGGGAUGGGAACAGCUUCUUUGCAUUGGCGAGGUAAAGAAGAAAAAGACUGAGCAGGACGCGUUGGACAACUGGGUCAAGAUUGUUUGGGGAAUGCACCAUAUUAUGCGGAACGACCCGUGCCGGCUCUUCACGUUCGGGUAUACUAUGGAAGACGACCAAGCGAGGCUUUGGUAUCAUUCCCGGUCGAGUGUUUUUGUAUCAAAGUCGUUUAAUUGGAUUGAGGACCCAAAACCAUUCAUCACGUUCAUUCUUGCGUUGGUAUUGGCCAACCACCACUCUCCGGUUGGCCCGGACUCUGGGGCACCAGUUCCCCCACGCGCUCAGACAAAUGAGCUCCCUACUCUGUACGAACAACACUCCGAUUACCUGGAGCGAAUCGGUAUUGAUCCCACGAUGAAGAGAGUGGUGGUGGGAGACAGCAUUCAGUACGAAAUCACUGUGAAGGGGCUGGUCGACGGGAAGGAAGGAAUACAGACGUUGGUUUUCGUCACAAAGGAAGUCCUGUGCGAUUUCAAAGUCGACAAGGGAACAGGCCGUGCCACCCGCGUUUGGCUGGUCUACGACAAGGAUAGCAACGAGUCCAUCGCAUCCGUCUUGAAGGAUGUGUGGCUGGAAGACGGAGCCAUGGUAGAAGGGGAUAGCCUCACAACUCUCGCGAAUCUGGUCGAGGUCGACGAGCGCCAGCAUUCCGUUCCAGUGAAAGAAUGGUACCGUGAUCAUUUCUUGCACAUGCAUACCCACGAGAAACUCGGACAGAAUGUGCUCGGUGUACGCGGGAAGCAUAGUUAUAUUCGCCUUCUCCCCGAUCCGUCCGCCUCCAAAUCGCCUGCCACUGGGACCAUCCACCACGGCUCUAAAAGGGUGAAACCCCGUGGCGGCCCGUUUACGGUUUCGCUCCCCCAGGGCAAGUACGAGUUUGACAAGCCAGAUCGCUUUCACUACAGGAUCGUAUUUCGGGGUGCGAUGGAACCAUUGGAAUCUGUUCGUUGUCGGAGGGCAUGCUCCAAGGUAGUCAUCGGGAUCUUCCGAGCGUGUUGGGUACUAUGGGUUUACGGAAAGGUUCAUCGCGAUGUGAGCACUUGGAACGCCUUUUUGGAUCCCAGUUCACCAACUGGGCGGCUCGGAGACUUUGACUACCUUGUUGAGUAUGCUGGAACUGGGACGGGCAGGAGGACCGGAACUGGCACCCCUCUCUUCCGGUCAGUGGAGGUUGAAGCACAGACGUACCUGCAUGCACAACUAGACUGGGAUAACAUUUAUUCCAACUCCCUGAACAAGCCGUCUAUUUUCACACACAAUCUUCUGCAUGACCUCGAAUCCGUCUUCUGGGUCAGCUUAUGGACUGUCGUCUACUUCGUCGACACCGAUCAGAGAGAUAGCGAUGCUAGCCAGGGCAAUCAUGAGGAGGCCACCCAGGUCGACGAGGAACGACUAAUGCUCUACGACGGGAUCUUCCCGGACGGCGGACCAGGUAGUGUGCAGCAAGCCCGCCGCCGCUUUAUCGGUGUGUAUGAAAUGGAAGGCCACAACCGACGCCUGGAACUACGGGAAUAUGCAAAUCACAUGCCCGAGAAAACUCGUGAAUUGAUUGAGUUCCACUUCGAGAGGCUCCGUCGUGCGCUUGUAUCUUACUUUCGGGAAGUGGAGAAGGACAUGGUUCCCAGUACCUUAAUCCCUUUCGAGAAUCCUGCAUUCGAAGGCGCGCUUAACACGCUGGGGGAACUACUGGAAGAAGUUAGCUCCAAAUUGGGUGAUUCCGAGUAUCCGGUUUCGCCACUCUGGGAACACCAGUUCGUGCUCGAACGCGAGCUUGCGCUGUUGGCAGACCCUGAAGACGCCCUCGCACAGGCCGCCGUUUCCUCACGACCCUCCAAAAAGGUAAAGAACCCCUUGAAAAUGCGGCGGCGGCGAAAGUAA